GUUGCUUUAAAAUGUUUAUAUAAUUCCCAAAAUAUCACAAGUGAACUUCUCAAUGAGGUUGAAUUAUAUUCAAUUAAAAAUCACGAAAAUUAUUAUGAAGAAAAUAAAAUACUUAAAAUAUAUGGAAUAUCUCAAAAUCCAGAUACAAAGGAAUACAUUAUAGUUCUUGACUAUGCAAAGGGCGGAAAUUUUAAUUAUUGGAUGAACAAAAAUUUUAACAAUUUGGAAUGGCCCAAAAAAGUGACUAUACUUUAUAAUAUUAGUAUGGGUCUUAAAGAACUUCAUCAAAAGAAGAUGGUUCACCGUGAUUUUCAUACAGGAAAUAUAUUGUUAAAUACUGCUGGUGUAACUAAUAAUAUGGAUGAUAGUGUUAUACAUAUUUCAGAUAUGGGAUUAUGUGGAGACGCUAGUAAUACUAAUCAAAAUAAUAUUUACGGAGUUAUACCUUACGUAGCUCCUGAAGUGUUAAAAGGGGAACCUUAUACUCAGGCAGCAGACAUAUAUAGUUUUGGUAUGAUUAUGUAUUUUGUAGCAACUGGAAAACAACCCUUUGCCGAUCGUGCACAUGAUGAAUAUUUAGUAUUAAACAUUUGCAAUGGAAUUAGGCCCGAAAUUAAUGUGCCAAUAGCACCAAAAUAUUAUAUUGAUUUAAUGAAAAAAUGUUUGGAUUCAAAUCCAUAUAAUAGACCAAAAGCAUCUGAAAUUUUAAAAUUGAUUCAUUUAUUUAUUGAUUUAUAUAAAUAUGAUGGCUCAAAUUUCAACUAUCAAAUUGCAAAGGAAUUCAAAGAAGCAGAAGAAUAUAGAAGAUCGCAUCUCUCUUCUUUUAACAAAGAAAAUACUCACCCACAAGCUAUUUAUGAGUCUCGAUUACUUAAUCCUUUUACAAAAAAACUCCAAAAAUAUGAUAAUAUCGACAAUAACACAGUAGAAAUUAUUGAUUUUACAAAGUAA